GAAAAAAAAGGACAAAAGAUUGAAAUUAAGAAAGCCCGUCAAUGAGCAGCGGCGGCCCCAAGAUUCAUCCACGAAUGGCCGCUGCCGUCUCCGUCAUUCUCCUCUCAUCUACGCUCCUCCUCCUCCUAUCACUGCUGUCGGAUCUUCCGACGGCGGCGGCCGCUCCUCCCUCCGACGCGGCAGCCCUCCUCCUCUUCAAGUCCUCCUUCCCCAACGCCGACGCCACCGCCCUCUCCGCCUGGUCGUCCUCCGCCGCCGCCGGCAGCCCUCCCUGCGACCCCUCCUCCCCCUGGCCGGGCCUCGUCUGCUUCCGCGGCAUCCUCACCGGCCUCCGCCUCUCCGGCCUCGGCCUCUCCGGCUCCUUCGACCCCGCCGCCCUCGCCCGCUUCCCCGCCCUCCGCUCCAUCAGCCUCGCCGGCAACUCCCUCUCCGGCCCCCUCCCCACCUCCCUCUUCUCCUCCAUGCCCCACCUCAAGAAGCUCUACCUCGACAACAACGCCUUCUCCGGCCCCAUCCCCGCCUCCCUCGCCAACGCCACCCGCCUCCUCGAGCUCCGCCUCGACCACAACCGCCUCGACGGGCCCCUCCCGACCACGCUCCCCCCCUCCCUCAAACAGCUCAACGUUUCUUACAACAGCCUCACCGGACCACCCGUGGAACCGUCUCUCGUCGCUCGGUUCAGCGCCUCGGCGUUUCUCGGAAAUCCCACCGCUUUGCCGUCGGCGCAGAAUGCCACUACUACUACUACUACUACUCAUGAUGGCAGAAAUAAUGACAACAAGGUCGGCGGCGUCGUGAUCGCCGUGCUAGCGUUGCUGGCCGUCGCACUCUUGCUGGCGAUAAUCGUGGCGCGCAACCGCCGCCGCCGCGACCGUGUUUUCGAUACUCUCGGCGUCGAUACAUCAGCCGAUACUGCACAGCUGGAAUCCGCUGUCGCUGGCUCCGCUGACGUAAGCAAUCAGAAACAACUGCUGCAGCAGCGCGGCUCGUCGACGCAGAAGCGCUCAGGGUCGAGCCGCGGCGGCGGCGGCGGUGGCGGAGGCGGCGGCAAUGCAGCGGCAGAGCUGACGAUGGUUAAUGAAGAGAGAGGUGUCUUUGGCCUUCCGGACCUCAUGAAGGCCUCGGCGGAGGUGCUCGGAAACGGCGGCCUUGGCUCCGCGUAUAAAGCCGUGAUGGCCAGCGGGCUGGCCGUCGCGGUUAAGAGGAUGCGUGACAUGAAUAGAGUCGGCAAGGAAGAGUUCGACGCCGAGAUGCAUCGGCUCGGGCAGCUCCGGCAUCCGAAUAUCUUAACGCCGUUGGCAUACCACUACCGCAAGGAGGAGAAGCUCAUAGUUUCCGAGUUUAUUCCGAAGGGCAGCCUCCUCUACCUCCUUCAUGGGGACCGAGGGGCGGAUCAUAAGGCGCUGAACUGGCCGACGCGGCUGAAGAUCGCGCGGGGAAUUGCCCGCGCGAUGGCGUAUCUCCACGCCGAGCUGGCCGACCUGGAAGUCCCCCACGGCAACCUCAAGUCGGGCAACGUCCUCCUCGACGCCGACUUCCAGCCGGCCGUCGCCGACUUCGGCCUCCUCGGCUUAGUCAACCCAGCUCAGGCCCCGCUCGUCAUGCUCGCCUACAAGUCCCCGGAAGCCCUGCAGCACCGCAGCCGCGUCUCCGCCAAGUCCGACGUCUACUGCUUCGGCGUCGUGCUCCUCGAGCUCCUCACCGGAAAAUUCCCCUCGCAGUACCUGAACAACACCAAGGGCGGCACCGACGUCGUGCAGUGGAUGGCGUCGGCGAUAUCGGAGCGCCGCGAGGCCGAGAUGCUGGACGCCGACGUCGCUCAGUCGGCGGCGGCGGCGGCGGCGGGGAGAGCGGAGGCGGCGGUGCGCCUCAUGCGGCUCUGCGCGGCGUGCACCGACGCCAGCCCGGAGCAGCGGCCGGAGAUGCGGGAGGCCGCCGCGCUCGUCGGGCAGCAAGCCGGCUCCAAUGAGCCUCCGGCGGCGGCACCGAGGACAGAAUGAAUGAAAUGACAGAAAUAGCCUUGCUAACAUGGGGGAUUUACAUUAGUACCAGAGAAAAGGAAAGAGCAAAUGGCAUGACCGGUGGGUUUGUUAACAAUGCAAUGUGGUGAGAUAUGAGUAAUCUUUGCAUACCAGGGGUUUUCUUUUCUAAUCGGAAGAUUAAGAGAUCCCUCCACCCUCCCUUGUAUAUGGCAUUUUUACACUGUCCAUUUCCUUCU